CCGCCCGCCGCGGGGGAAGGCGGGCGCGCAGCCAUAGCGCUCCCGCUGCCGUUGCGGGAAGGACUUGCCCCUACCGGGCCGACCCGAGCGCUUUCUUCCCCUGCUGGCCCGGCCUUCCCAGCCCCGCGGCGCGAUGGGAUCCCGCUUGUCCGUGGACGACUCCGUGCGGGUGGUGGUUGUCGGGGGCGGGUUCGGCGGCACAGCGGCCGCCAGCCUGCUCAAGUCCUGGGCCGUCCCCUUCGUGCUGGUGGAUGUGAGAGAUGCUUUCCAUCACAACGUGGCUGCCCUCCGUGCCGCCGUGGAGAGCGGAUUUGCCAAGAAGACUUUUAUCUCCUACUCUGUCACCUUUGGGGACAGCUUCCGACAAGGCAAAGUUGUUGGCAUAGACCCAGAGAGGCAGCAAGUCUUGCUCAGUGAUGGAGAGGAGCUUCACUACUCCCAUCUCAUUCUAGCAACGGGCAGUGAUGGGCCAUUCCCUGGGAAGUUCAACAAAGUCAUUGAUAUGGAAAGUGCCAUCCAGACCUAUGAAGACAUGGUUAAAGAGAUUGAGAAAUCUGAGCGCAUCCUGGUAGUGGGAGGUGGUGCUGCUGGAGUAGAGAUGGCUGCAGAGAUCAAAACAGAGUACCCAGACAAAGAGGUCACCCUCAUUCACUCAAAAAUUGCACUAGCUGAUGCGGAACUGCUAGCUAGUGUCCGUCAGGAGGUGAAAUCGAUUCUUCUCAGAAAAGAAGUGCACCUAUUAUUAAGUGAAAGGGUCAGCAAUGUGGAAGAUCUCACAACAAACCAGUUCCACAAGGACAUGGUAGUAAGGACAGAAAAGGGCACUGAGGUGGUUACUGACAUGGUGGUUAUGUGCACGGGUAUAAAGAUUAACUCUUCAGCCUAUGCUGCUGCAUUUGGGGACAAAAUGGCAAGUAAUGGUGCUCUGAAAGUCAACAAGCACCUCCAGGUGGAAGGCUAUGAGAACAUCUAUGCCAUUGGGGACUGUGCAGAUCUGAAAGAACCAAAGAUGGCUUAUCAUGCUGGGCUCCAUGCCAACAUCGCAGUGACAAAUAUCAUCAACAGCCUGACACAUAAGCCUCUUAAAACCUACAAACCAGGGUCGCUAACAUUCCUGCUUUCAAUGGGCAGGAAUGAUGGUGUAGGCCAGGUGAACGGUUACUACGUGGGACAUCUCUUAGUGACCAUUACUAAGAGCCGGGACCUGUUUGUCUCCAAGAGCUGGAAGACAAUGGGACAGACAAUGCCCUCUUAAGACAGGAUCAGUAACAAACUGGCAAGGAAUACAGCAACAGGAAGAGAGUAAGGGUGCACUUUUACUGCUUGAACAAACUGAUACUCUCUCCUCUCCUCCACCACCACCAUUAAAAGACACCCACUAGCACACUGCAUUAAAGGGGUGCCCUGCCUUGCUGUAAAGGGUUAAGGAGGCACUUUGCAAAUGAAGUGUACAGAAAUUCACAUGAUAAAAAACAGGGAACAAAUGUUUCUUUUACUUCCCUGUUGAGACAGCUUUGAGCAAGAAAUGUGGUUUACCUGGAUUUGUAACAAUAAACAUUGUGGUUUUCAAAAUCA